GAGACGUUUUUCCGGAAGGUUCCACCCCCGGGCGGUUUCCCGUACGAAACUGUUAACUCGUUACUUGGCUUUGAUAUUAAAGUUAUUUUAACCUUUAAAAUUUUAGUUCCGACAUAAAACAGAAGAAAUGCCGAGAGGCAAGUAUACGAACCAUAAAGGAAGGAGUAGGAGGUUUACCAGCGCUGAGGAGUUAGAGGAACAAAGAAGACAAGAUGAAACUUUCAGACAGAAAAAGGCGGAGCCGGGAAUGGAGUCGAGCGAUGAAGACGAAGAGAAAAGCGGUUCUUCUGACGAAAGUGGAAGUGAAGGAGAGCAGCAGAAAGCAAAAGGAGUCGAAAAUCUUAUUGAAGUUGUCAAUCCGAAUCGGAUGCCGAACAAGCCGAAAAAAUUGUCCGAAGUGACCGAGGAGGUGACACCGGAGCUAAGCAGGAGGGAAAUGGAAGAAAUUAAGAAGCAUAAGAUGAGAGCACACUACCACAAGCUCCACGCCCAAGGGAAAACUGCCCAGGCGAAAUCUGACUUAGCCCGGCUGGCAAUUAUAAAGCAACAAAGGGAAGAAGCGGCAAAAAGGAGAGAAGCUGAAAAAUUAGAAAAAGAAGCUGGUAAACAAAGUAAAGUGGCGGAGAUGCAAAAGGUGCUGGGUAAAAAAUAAAACUAAGGGAUUUCAUUGGUUGCCAACAGUUCAUUGAAUCACUCCUGUACAAACAAAAACCUGAAACAAAUCUCUUUGUUAAUAAUAAAAUAUUCUUUAAACUUCAAGAUUGAUAAAUAAACGUAUUUACAUUUAA